AUGGCUCAAGGUUAUCUUGGGUUUGACAAUGAUACAGAGAUGGAAAUAAUAGGCCAAGAGUAUUUUGAUCAUUUAGCAUCUCGAUCAUUCUUCCAAGAGUUUCAAAAAGACGACGAUGAGAAUAUCAUAUACUGCAAGAUGCAUGAUAUAGUUCAUGACUUUGCUCAAUUUCUCACUAAGAACGAAUGUUUUACUGUGGGAAUCAAAAGGGACGGUGAAGAUCUAGUCAUAAACACUUCCAAUGAGAAAGCCCGACAUUCUAUGUUAACGCUUCACGUCGGGGCUACAUUUCCCAUCUCCAUUUCUAGCAUCAAAAGUUUGCGGAGUCUUUUAAUUGAUUGUAAAGAUUUGCUGCCUGAUGAUGUUCUACCAAAUCUCUUUGGUGAAUUGACAAGUUUAAGAGCAUUAGACAUUACUUAUGUGGAAGAACUUCCGGAAACUUUAUGUGAGUUAUACAAUCUCCAAACUUUAGAUAUUUCUUGGUGUACGCAGCUUAAAGAACUGCCUCAAGGGAUGGGGAAGUUGAUAAACUUGCCCAAGGGAAUUGAGAAAUUAACUUGUCUCCGAACAUUGAGUGAAUUCUUCAUAAAAAGCAGCAGCAAUGAUGGCAGUAAAGCAUGUAGUACUCUUGCAUGCUUGAAAGAUUUGAAACAUUUAGGAGGAGAGCUUGAAAUUAGAGGGCUAGGAAAUGUGACCAAUGUGAGUGAGGUUAAGAGAAUGCAAAUUCUCAGCAAUAAGAAAAGCCUCUUUAGUUUAAAGCUAAUGUUCGGUAAAGAUGGAGAAGGAGAGAGGAAAAAUGAUGAUGAUGAGUUACUUCUUGAGGCUUUGCAACCCCAGCCAAAUUUGGAGAAGCUAGAUAUAGCAGCUUACAGAGGCAGCACUUUCUGCUCUGAUUGGAUCUUGUCAUUAACCGGGCUGAGGAAAUUGAGUCUUAUCUACUGCCCAAAUUGUAUGCAUUUGUCUCCUUUGGGAAAAUUGCCAUCACUUGAAUCACUAACGAUAGUUGGAAUGAGUGUGAAAAAACUAGUUACGGGAAUCGAAAGCGAUGGUGCAUUUUCAUCAUCUACAUCAGUUACUCUCUUUCCCAAGUUGAAAGAUCUUUGCUUCCAGAGUAAUUUUGAAUGGGAAGAGUGGGAUUACGGGAAUACAAUCUUGCCAUGCCUUGCUUCUUUGUCAAUCUUUGUUUGUCCAAAAUUACGUGCACUGCCGGAUGGCCUUCUCCAGGGGGCGAAAAAACUGCAACAUCUAGAGAUUUAUUAUAGUGAUCUUUUGGAAGAACGUUACAGAAAGGGAACAGAAGAGGACUGGCAAAAGAUCUCCCACAUUCCCAACAUCAGAAUCAGUUUUUCAUAUCUGCAAGGAGGCCCACUCCCACUCCGUUGA